CGAAAACCAUGUCCGCCGUGAAAAAUGUCUCCUCCUUCAGGCUCGCCUCUCUCCUCCGCCGCGAGAAUGAUCCUUCAGCCGCCAUUAAGCUUUUUCAAAACCCUGAUCCAGAAUCAUCAAACCCAAAAAGAGCCUUCAGAUACUCGCUUCUUUGCUACGAUCUCAUCAUCACAAAACUUGGUGGCUCCAAGAUGUUUCAGGAGCUAGACCAGGUCCUCCUCCAGCUCAAGUCCGAUACUAGAAUCCUCCCAACGGAGAUUCUUUUCUGCAACGUUAUCAAUUACUUGGGCCGUGGAAAAUUACCCACUCGUGCACUCCACGUGUUUGAUGAAAUGCCUCAGUACCGAUGCCAACGCACUGUCAAAUCCGUGAACUCUCUGUUGAAUGCGCUCUUAAAGUGCGGAGCUUUCGACAAGAUGAAGGAAGUUCUCUCGAGUAUUGAUAAGUAUGGUAAGCCAGACGCUUGUACUUACAAUAUAUUAAUCAAUGGGUAUUCUCAAAGCGGUUGUUUCGAUGAUGCCUUGAAGCUAUUCGAUGAAAUGGUCAAGAAGAAGGUUAAACCCACUGGCGUAACCUUCGGGACUCUUAUUCAUGGGUUUUGCAAGAUUUCUAAGGUGAAGGAAGCAUUGAAGAUGAAGCAUGAUAUGUUGAAAGUGUAUGGAGUGUGUCCCACGGUUCAUAUUUAUGCAUCGCUGAUCAAGGCGUUAUGUCAGAUUGGUGAAUUGAGUUUGGCGUUUAAGCUAAAGGAUGAGGCUUACCAAGGAAAGAUUAAAGUAGACUCAGCUAUCUACUCUACCUUGAUUAGCUCUCUUAUAAAAGCUGGAAGGUCAGACGAGGUCUCAGGGAUCUUGGAGGAAAUGAGAGGAAAAGGGUGUGAACCGGACACAGUGACUUACAAUGUACUGAUUAACGGGUUCUGUGUUGAGAAUGAUUUGGAAUCAGCUUAUCGAGUUCUGGAUGAAAUGGUUGAAAAGGGUUUGAAACCAGAUGUUAUAAGCUAUAACAUGAUACUUGGUGCCUUGUUUAGAAUCCAAAACUGGAAAGAAGGAGCUUACUUGUUUGAAGAUAUGCCUCGUAGGGGUUGCGUCCCUGAUAUAUUGUCUUAUAGGAUAGUUUUCGAUGGGCUUUGCGAAGGGUCACAAUUCGAAGAAGCAGCGGUUGUCUUGGACGAAAUGCUUUUCAAAGGCUACAAGCCUCGCAGGGAUAGGCUAGAGAGAUUUCUGCAAAGGCUAUGUGAGAGUGGAAGGUUGGAUAUUCUCGGUAAAGUUAUCAGUAGCCUUAAUAAAGAGAAUGCUGUUGAUGCAGAUUUUUGGUCGGUAAUAAUGCCUACAGUUUGCAAAGAACCUGUGAUAUCGGAACCUGUUAAUAUGUUGUUAAAAACAUUGAAAGAAGAGGGUCCUUUAUCAACAAUGCCGUAA